AUGGCGGCCGCCUUCGUCGUGUCACGGUUGCACACCGCCAGCGGCAAAGCGCUCACGUUGUCACCACCGGUGGGUGCAGAGGAGGCUUUGGUGGAUCUCCAGCGGCGUGCAGCCUAUGCUUUGGGCGUAGGCCUUCUCCAGGUGCGACUUUUGGGCAAAACAGGCGAAUUAGCCGGAAAUCGCGUCGGCGACGCCGUGGAUGCCGACGAUGUCGACACACUUUCGGUGCUCUUGCAGCCGCCCCUGCGCGCCUAUCGCCAUCAGCUACUGGGCGCAUGGAAGCGCUGCGGCUUCUCGCGCUUGUGCAGGGUGAAGUUCCCAGCCUCCAGUGGAGUGGAUGUGAAUAUGAUGCCCUUCAUCAUGGGAGAUCCCAAGUCUUUGCCCAGCAACUUGCAGUCCUACUGGCCCAUGAUUGAGGCAUGUCGAUUGCCCAAAAAGGAACUUGGGAAGGUGGGCUUCCUCACAGUUCAGGAGAGCGAUGUGAGCCCUGGCGCUUCUCAACGACGUCAAGGUUUGCAUUUAGAGACGCCAGGUGUUCUCAUGUCCGAGGGGCGUAUGCUGUUGACCACCGCCCGCUGGGGGGGGGGCCGUCUCUUCGAGCGAUAUCAGAAGAAGAAGGUGCCUUGGCUACGUCUUCUGCAACAUUCCGACGGGGAGCUUUCAGAGUCCGCUGAGGCAUCCGGGUCUCCGUCGUCGCUGCCGGUCUACGAGCUGGACGAGCCGCCGGUGGCGGAGGCGGAGGAAGCAGAACUUUCGGAGCUGAGCGAGGACGCAGGCUACCCCAUUUGGGCCCACAAGCGCUUCGAGGGUGGGAUCUACACCGCCUCCAGCAUUGCUGGCUCCACCAGAUUUUGGAACCUUCGUUUCAACGACCCUGAAGAGAUUUGUGGCGCCCUGGGUGACUUGGAACAUUUGCGUCCAGUUCUGGGACCGGGCGAGUUCUCUGAGGCGGACACCCUGUAUUGGAUGAGUGAUUGCACCCCGCACGAGUCGGUGGCCUUGGACUCCGCUGCCCAUCGACAAUACUUCCGCCUGGUCACCAGCUCGGUGAGCGCCUGGUACCCGCAGCACUCGACGGAGAACCCCCUGGGCAUCAAGGUGGACCCCAAGAUCACCAGGAUCGUGCCGGGCGACAAGUUUGAGGAGCUCCACCGAAUGCAGGGCACGCCGUGCGAGAAGGUCGAUGACACGGUUUGGGACGUCUACAGUGAACAGUUGGGGAUUGGAACCGAAGAAGACCUAUUUGCACAGCACCUGGACAGUUGA